GCUUUUGACUUGCGCCUGCGCAGUCCUGCGUGUCUGACCUUCAUAGGACUAACCAUGUUCGCCAGGAGCAGCGCUUUGGUGUUCUCCCCACAAUGGGGGCAGGUCAGGAACAUGGCUACCUUGAAGGACAUUACCAUUCGGUUGAAAUCCAUCAAAAACAUCCAGAAAAUCACAAAGUCCAUGAAAAUGGUCGCCGCUGCCAAGUAUGCUCGUGCUGAGAGGCAGCUGAAACCAGCACGUGUCUAUGGCACCGGUUCUCUGGCCCUGUAUGAGAAGGCUGACAUCAAAGCCCCGGACGAGAAAGCCGCCAAGCACGUGAUCAUUGGUGUGACUUCCGACCGUGGGCUCUGUGGCGCCAUCCACUCCGGUGUGGCAAAGACCAUCAAGAGUGAGAUCGCCAACCUAACCGGCGCUGGCAAGGAGGUGAUGGUGAUCAAUGUGGGAGACAAGCUCAAGGCUCUGCUGCACAGAACUCAUGGAAAACACAUCAUGUUGAACUGCAAGGAGAUUGGCCGCAAGCCCCCCACCUUUGGUGACGCUUCAGUCAUUGCUGCUGAGCUCCUCAACUCCGGAUAUGAGUUUGACCAGGGUUCAGUCAUCUUCAAUAGAUUCAGGUCUGUUAUCUCCUACAAGACGGACCAGAAGCCCAUUUAUUCCAUAGACACAGUUGCUAACUCAGAGAGCAUGGGCAUCUAUGAUGACAUUGAUGCUGAUGUGUUAAGGAACUACCAGGAGUUCACUCUGGUCAACAUCAUCUACCUGGCCCUGAGAGAGUCGUCCACCAGCGAGCAGAGCGCCAGGAUGACUGCUAUGGACAGCGCCAGCAACAACGCCUCUGAGAUGAUUGACAAGCUGACCCUCACCUUCAACCGUACCAGACAGGCCGUCAUUACCAAGGAGCUCAUUGAGAUCAUCUCUGGAGCCGCUGCUUUGAACUGAGGCUGGUCUUAACAGAGGAGAUAAACUGGUGGGAUCUUCAUUUCCAUUAUCUCUUCAAAGUACUUCAGACAUGUUAUUGUCCAGAGUCUAAUGAACAUUUGCGCUUGUAUUUGUAAAAUAUAUGGAGAAAAUAAAGCUCUUACACAGAACGUCACCCUUUCAUCACUUCCUGUAUCUGUUUUUCCUCCAAAUAAACUCUGAUAGAUGAGAUGAAUGUC